ACGGCGGCAGGAACGCGUCCCGGCGCCGCCUCGGGCUCCGCUCGGCUCGGGGGCCGCUCCCGGAGGAGGAGAGCGAGGCGAAACCGGGCGAGCCGCAGGGCCCCGGGCGGGGCGCAUGGCUUAGGGCCGCCCCCGCCCGCCGCGCCCCCAGCAUGGGGAAACUUCACUCCAAGCCGGCCGCCGUGUGCAAGCGCAGGGAGAGCCCGGAAGGUGACAGCUUUGCCGUGAGCGCCGCCUGGGCUCGGAAGGGCAUCGAGGAGUGGAUUGGCAGGCAGCGCUGCCCCGGCGGCGGCGGUGGCCCUGGACCCCGACAGCUGCGGGCUGCAGCCACCGUUGACAGAGGCACCCGGGAGCUCGUGGGUGAUGUUUUCAGAGAAACGCUCAGCGAGGAAGAGGAGGAGGACUUCCGGCUAGAAGUGGCCCUGCCACCUGAGAAGACUGACGGGCUGGGCAGUGGUGAUGAGAAGAAGAUGGAGAAGGCCAGCGAGCCUUGCCCAGGCUCCAAGAAGCAGCUCAAAUUCGAAGAGCUGCAGUGCGACGUGUCCAUGGAGGAGGACAGCCGGCAGGAAUGGACCUUCACCCUGUACGACUUUGAUAACAAUGGCAAGGUCACGCGUGAGGACAUCACCAGCCUGCUGCACACCAUCUACGAGGUGGUCGACUCCUCUGUCAACCACUCCCCGGCAGCGAGCAAGACGCUGCGCGUGAAGCUCACUGUGGCCCCCGACGGGAGCCAGGGCCAGAAGCACAUCCUCCUCAAUCAUGCCGACCUGCAGAGCACGAGGCCCAGAGCAGAGACCAGGCCCGCCGAGGAGCUGCGAAGCUGGGAGAAGAAGCCACGAGCCCCUCUCAGGUUCCAGGGAGGGGAAGGUGUGGAGCAGGCUGGCUGCCACCACCACUGCGUAGAGGAGAACAUCGAGAGGAGAAACCACUACCUUGAUCUUGCUGGGAUAGAAAACUACACAUCUCAGUUUGGGCCUGGCUCCCCUCCGGUGGCCCAGAAGUCAGAACUGCCCCCCCACACUUCCAACCCCACCCGAUCUCGCUCCCACGAGCCGGAAGUCAUCCACGUCCCACACCGCAGACCCCAAGGCGCGGACCCGGGCUCCUGCCACUUCCUCGACACCCCACUCGCCAAGGUCUCGGAGCUCCAGCAGCGGCUCCGGGGCACCCAGGACGGCAGCAAGCACUUUGUGAGGUCCCCCAAGGCCCAGGGCAAGAGUGUGGGUGUGGGCCCCCCAACCAGAGGGGCAAGGAGCAAACCCCUCCUGGGGCCCACUGGCCCUGCAGUGUCCCCGUCCGCCCACCUGGCCGCUGGCCCGGCCCUCCUCCCCGCCCUGGCACCCCUCGGGCACAAGAAGCACAAGCACCGAGCCAAGGAGAGCCAGCAGGGGUGCCGGGGCCUGCAGCCUCCGCUGGUCGCGGGCGGCCCCGGGGUGGGGCGGGAGCACGGGCGGGAGCUGCCUGCAGUGGUGGUGUACGAGAGCCCCGCCAGCCAGGCCGUGCAGAGACACGAGCACCAUCACCACCACGAACACCACCACCACUACCACCACUUCUACCAGACAUAGAGCCCAGCCCAGAGCCCCCCCCCCCAGCCCGAUGGAUGAAGGAGCCCCUCCCCCAACGCCUUGAGCAUAAUAUCUAUUAAUUAUUGUUAUGAUGAUGGUUAUUGUUAUUAGUAAUUAUUGUUACUCCACUAAUAUUCAGCUAGCUUCCAUGUAGAAGACGUAAGGAAACAAAGAACUAAACUUAUUUAUGUGUCGUGGGGACUGCGUAACUCACUCCAGACAAGACUCGGGGUUCGGAAGCGGCCUGUAGAUGGCAGAGGCUCUGAGGCUUGGGAGCUGUGGUUUUCAUGUGGAUCGCCCCAAACCCUUCCCGACCCCACCUGAGCCCUCGGCCAGAACUCAGCCCCCAUGCAUUCUCUUCCAGGAGAACACCCUUACCUGGCCUGGCUUCCAGAAACCCUUGAGAUCUCUGAGAAGAUAAACAGCUGCUACCUCUUAGUAUUAUUCUGAUUUUAUUUUGCCAUUAACUGAUUGUAACUUGCUACAAGGGAUUUCAGCGGACUGCAGACGUGCAACCCUCCUGCAGCCACCAGUUUAUGUUCCCAGAAACCUACGCCGUCCUUUUGGGCAGUUCUCUUUCAUGUCUUUCCAACGGAAACACGCCCUGACCCAAAACCAGUCCCAUCUUUUCUGCCCUGCACAACAUGAAAAUACACUUCUCCUCCUUCCCCUUUUCCUCCUUCACUUGUCUUCUUCGGAAAGAUACAUAUACACACAUUUAAAGACUAUCUCAGAAACCAGCCUUCUCCUUUUGGAAACUGCUGGAGAGGAAACCAACCACAUACACAAGUGUGGUUUUCCAAGAUCAGGCAGUUGUGUAUUGUUGGUUGUGACCAAGGCUGCGGAAACCUUAUGUUUUAAUUGGCAAAUAUAUAUGUACCUACAUGGUUCCUGAACAGAGCUUUCUGCAUCUAUACAUAGAUGCCACUUGUCUGUUUUUAUGUAUCUUUCUAUAAAUAUACGCUCUCAGGUACCUUUUCUGGUGUGCAGAAAUCACUGGCUUGUGUCUCUGGAGACUUCCUAAGUCCAAAUGUGAUGCUGGCUGCCUCCUGUUGGGGGCUGGCUGUCCAUCAGCUGCAAAUAAUUAUUUGCAUCUUAUCGAGGUCUUUUCUAGGGGUUGGAAUCUGAAGGUUUUGGAGAGACCUGACUGAGGUACAGAAGCUUGGGGGAGAGGAGAGGACAAUAGUCAGAUUUGGACCCUGAAGUAGUGUCUUCUGCAGAGUCAGAUUUUGUCUGGCGAGGGCCUGGGAAGACCAGAAAAGGACCAUUGUCAACCAGUCAGGGUCCCAGCAAAGAAAAGAGGGCACAAAAGUUGGUUAAUUUGAGGAGUACUUGAUAAAAGGAAUAUUUUUAAAGUGUGGGUAAAACCUCCAGGAGAGGGCAGAAUUCUGGGGUUAGCACCUCAGGGCAUCACCCCCACCCUGGCCCAAGGAGCUGAGGGAGAGAUUCACCCUCUACAAGGGUGGCAGGCAGGCAAAUUUAUAUCCUGGCUUCGCUCUCCUGCUGAGGCACAUUGGCUAAGCCACUGGGAGCCAGAGGGCAAGGUUUUACGGGAUUGUGAGGGCAGCCUCUCAGGGCAGAGAGGAGAGUGGAGACUUAAUCUGGACGGACUUGAAAAGAAAAAGUAACUCCAGCUGCCUUCCUUUCGGCUGCCUUUGCGUCCCGGCUGGGGUCCUCUCUCGCGGAGCCUCGAGUCUGGGUUUUCUGGGGUCAGCCAGGAGUUACAUUGGAAGACAGUGGAAGAGUUGUCACCGUAUUAUUACAUUUAUUAGUCACUGGAUUAUGCCAGUUCAUCCUCACCAUAGCCCCGGGAAGCAGACACCGGAAGCUCAGGGCGUGCAUCCCAGGCUCAGAGAGGUGAAGUAACUUGCUUGAGACCACACAGUAGGUGGCAGAGCUGCGGUUCUCGUCUGAGUCCUCUGCAAGACCCCUCACCACGGAGAGAGGAUGGGGCCUCACUGGGGAGUCUGUUGGCUCAUGCAACCAAACCAAACAGGGCACGGCUGGGAUGGCGCUGGCUUUGAGAUGGUCCCUCCCUCUCACUGCAUUUGUACUUCUCCCGCCUCCCCCGGCCCACUGUUUGUCACUGGCCACUGACCAAGCCGCUAGUACUCGGUGCUCACAUCCCAACAGCGGCAGGACCAGAAAAGCAAGGCUUUCCCAGUAGGUCCAGUCAGGGGAAACCCAGGAAAGGAUUCUGAUUGGCUGGGCUUAGAUCAGGUACCCAUCCUUGAACCAAUCGUCGCGGCCCCUAGGGUCACAUGUCCGCCGGGGGCGGGGUCUGUACCGGAAGAAGGUGGAGGAGGAGUGGAGCAGACGUGAGGAGCUGCGCCGCCUCCCAGGACGGCAGCAACCGUGGAGACCGCUGGAGUCGGUCGGCGCCGGGGCAUCUCUGGCUGCCGGGUUGAGAGCUUUUCCUUAGUCUCUGCGGUCUCUCCCAACCCCUCGCCUGUCAGGAUUCUGUUAUUUCUUAGUAGCUGGGAUUUACCUAACUUUUAAAAAUUAUUUUUUAAAAUAGUAACAUAUGCACGUAUAAAAGUUUCAAAUGGUACAACAAAGUAUAUAGCAAAAAGUAAGGUUCCCUCCCGCAUCCCUCAGCCUCCCUCACAGCAGCUUUCCAGACCCUUUCAGUGUAGUGUGAUUGUGAGCUCAAACUUUGGUGCCAGGCUGCCCAGGUUCAAAUUCUGACUCCCUCUCUUAGUAGCUCUGAGCUUCAGUUGAAAUACUUUAAUCUCUCGAUGCCUCAGUUUCCCUUUUAUAAAGAGGGCUCAUAGGCCUUCUUACCUCAAAGGGCUGUUGUGAGAAUUCGAUGGGUUACAACAGUGCGUGUCCCCUUAUAAACAUUAGUUGUCAUUAUUUACCCUAAAUGCAUUUCUAAAAAGUAUUUCCCCAUUUAAAUUGUAAUUGACUUUUUAAAUAUUUCAAAGUUUGAAACAAAGUUGUGUAACAGAAAGUGUGGACUUGCUACCCAGAGUUUUAAAAUGCUGACAUUUUGCAAUGUUUAUUUUCAGGUCUACUUUUAAGAAAGAAAACACUUUAAUCCCCUUCCCACCCCACCCUUUUAUUUUUACACAAGGCUUAGUGGCCUGGUAUACAUACUAGUGCCCUUUUUCUUUCCAAUAUGAUGUAUUUGGAGAUCUGUUCCCCUUUGUCACAGAGCUCUGCCCCCUUCUCUCUAACAGCUGCUCAGCCUUCUGCAUGGAGGUGCUGUCCCCAUGGGGACUGUAUUUGUCCCAUCCCCUCCUGGCAGGUGUGUAGGUCAUCUCUCAUCCUGGGGGUGCUGUUUGUUGUAGACAGUACGCUGUGCUGCACACAGCUUGUCUUGGUGCCCACUUGCAAAAGCACUAGCUACAGAAAGUUCUGGAUGUGGAACUGCUGAGUUAGAGCUUGCGUGUGAUUUAAUUUUGAUGCUAUUGUAAAUGACCUCUAAAAGAAGUUGUGCCAAAUAAUUAGAAAAUGAAGGAAGAGAGAAAGAAAAAUGGAGGGAGGAAGAAAGAGAUGGCGGAAGGAAGGAAGGAAGGAAGGAGUGUGGGAGAACAUAAGGAAAAGAAAACUAGAAAGGGUCAGCCAUGCUUCCUUGGUGAGGCUUUGAGCACGUUUUCCUGCAGGCUGGUUUGGGCAAGAAGUUUUGUCUUGGUGGCAAAUCUCUCCACACCCAUUUCAGAGUAGCUGUUGGCUUCCCCAGGACCCUGAGCUCUGAGGUCCCUGUGGGGCCUGGGAAGUUGUAGAGAAGAAUGAACGUGUGGCUUGGCCUGCCUUACACAUGCACACAUACACGCAUUUAUGCACACUUGCAUGCAUGCAUCGGCUGGUCUGUGAGAGGAUGCUUCACUUCCAUCAGGGCGGAAUAAACUGCUGAUGUGUCACUGGGCUCUGGGACACCCAUGUGUUCAAGGGGGACACGUGUGGUGGGGCUCCCAGGUGCCAGGGCCUGCUCUCAUCUCCCAGGAAGCACCAGUGGCGGGGAUGGAGUGGGGUGGGGUGUGUCCCUGGGGGGGGCUUCCAGCCAUGCCAGUUACACUUUUUGCAAAGGAAACAGCUGGGAGAAGUUUCUUUUGCAUUUAGAUCUCAAAUCAUUACUAGGCCAGGAGGAAGUAGACUCAGCAGGAGGCUGAGGCCACUUGCACCUCCAGGGCCAUUUCUGUCAGAGGCCGGGACUAAUAACCCAGCUUCUGGGAGGCCUGACAGAAAGUCAAUGCUCAUGGAAAUGAAAAGGGGACUCCUGAAAUAUGCCCCCCACCCACCGCCUCACCUCCUCAUUGGAGAUACAGCUGCAACCCCUGGUGACUGCACAUCCACUGAGACCCCCAGGCAGCCUCACCACCACCUGGUCAAGCUCCAGCAGCUGCUCUGCUUCCUCAGGCCAGCUGGGUGCAGCCCAGCACUCCCCUUCCCCUCGGUGAGCGGUGCUGUAUUUUAUUCAGCAAAUACAGAUGGUUCGGCCAAACGCUUUACUGACUCCUAAAGCAGUGCCAAGGGCACCCUUCUUCCACCGUUAAAGCUCUGUCACUUUCCACAAUCACACUCUUUGGGGCUCUUCUCUGGUUUUUGGUCUCGUCACCUCUCAUAUCAGCUGCCCUCAAGCCCGGAAUCGUCUUCUCAGGGCCUCACACCCUUGAGUCUUUUACUGAUGGGGGCAUUUCCCUGCUAAGGGCUUUCGGUACCCAGGGUGUCCGUUAGUGUGGAAGGGGGGGCAACCCUGGGGAGGAAGUGAAUGGACACCCCAUCUCAGCUGGCUGAUCGCUGGGUUUCCUCUCAGCUCCACGUUCUCCCCACAAAGUACCUUGGAGUCCAUGAGCCUGGCACAGGCAAGAUGGUCCACAGGUAGGUCAGCAGAGGCCAGCUGUCCUGUUGGCAGGGGAGUGAGGAGAUGGGGAGAUGGCACACACAGAGAGAUGCUAAAAACCAAUCAUUCUCAUCCUCCUUGAGUACUUCCGAAUCACCUGGAGAGAGGUUUUUAUUUUUUUAUUUUAUUAUUAUUUUUUUAACGCAGGACAGGGCGUUAGAGGCUUAGAAGAAGGACAAAGUCCAGGGUCCGAGAACAAGAAUGAACAGCGGAGGAGGGGUGCGUCCUGGGCCCCUGGGCCUCACCCAGAUCUUGAGGUGACAAGUAGAGCAUGGUCAAGGCCUUCAGGGUCCCUAAGCCCUGAAAGGGGUACCCACCAUACUCCUGCUUCAGCGACCACCUGCUUGAUUAAAUUAACAUUCCUAGAUAUUUCUGAUUGCAAAAUUCUUGCAAAAUUCUGGAGAAGUUCAUCAAAGCUGAACUUUUCUACUUGAUCUUUUCCAACAAGGCUUCACUCCCCUGGAGCCACCUUGGCCGGUUUCCCUGCAGGGGUCAGUCAGCAGAGGUUACCAGAAUCCUAGACUGGAAUCUCCCUACCAAUAGGGGCUUCACCCCUAGGUAUGGCCGUUCCCUUAGGGCAUGGCACACAGUAGGGCCUCCUCAGUGGGAGAGAGGGAUGGAGGGAGGGAGGGAGGUGGCGGGAUGAUGGGGAGGUGGUUCACAUCCUUUACUGUUUGUUUAUCAUACCCUCCUGCCGUGGGUCCUUGACUUUAGAAUUUUUUAAACUGUCAUUUCAAAAAAAGGUUUGGGAAAGCACCACAGCAUUGUCAACUUUUACUAAAUAAGGAUGUUAAAAGCACAAAAGGGAAAACUAUAGUCUUGUAUUUAAAAAAAAAAAAAAAGGAAAGACAUAGUUCAGCCUUAAUUAAAAAGAAAAAUCCCUCA